CUAUCACCGGAGAUGUUGCCGGCGGCUAGCUGCAACUUCAGCAGUCGCCAGAAUCAAUAAUUACCAUGAUCUGUUUAUGUUUUCUUGGGGAGAUUUCGGCUUUUCGUCAAUUAAUUAAAACAUGUUCUUAACCUCUGAAAUAUGGUUUGCACAAGGAUGUUACAGCCAAGACCAAUCACUACACACUUUCGCCCCUUACUUCAAACCUUAACGACGACAGGUUUUACGGCCGCCACUGAACUUAACACCAUUCUCGAGAGGUUGCGCGUUGGGCCCUCGCGCAGCCAUCUCAAUGAGGCCCUUUCAAUUUUCUACUCUCCAAAUUCCAGUCCUUCACACUCCCCCAAAUCAUAUGCGAUUCUCUUCCACGCCUGUGCGCGUCUGGGCUGCAUCGACGUCGGCCAAGCUCUCCACCAACACAUGCUUACCCACAAUCCCAUUGCCAUCCAAGACCUCUACACUGCCAAUCACCUUCUAAACUUGUAUUCCAAGUCUGGCCAGUUGGACUGUGCCCAUCAACUGUUCGAUGAAAUGUGCAGGAGAAAUAUUGUAUCUUGGACGUCUCUUAUUUCGGGUUAUGCCCAGAGUGGGAAAGCUGAUGCAUGUUUCAGUUUAUUCUCCAACAUGUUGGCUCAUUAUAAACCCACUGAUUUUGCAUAUGCAAGUGUGCUCUCGGUGUGUGAUGGUUUGCGUGGGAAGCAAGUGCACGCUCUUGCAUUGAAAUCUGGUUAUAAUGUUUUUGUUUAUGUGGGAAAUGCGCUGAUCGGGAUGUAUACCAAGAACAAUGAAAUCAGUGUAUACAGUGAUGAGAAUGAAGCUUGGAGGGUGUUUAAUGAUAUGGAGUUUCGUAAUAUUGUUUCAUGGAAUGCAAUGAUAGCUGGUUUUCAAAUGAGUGGCCAAUGUGAAAAAGCUAUGAAGUUUUUCACAAUGAUGCAUUCUGAUGGAUUGGGAUUUGAUCGCGCCACUCUUGUCACUGUACUUUCUUUAUUGUCUAGCCAAUGUGACCUUUCUUGGAGUUUAAAAUUCUGUUCUCAACUGCAUUGCAUUGCUUUAAAAACUGGGUUUGUGUUAGAUAUAGAGGUUGUGACAGCUUUGAUAAAAGCUUAUUCCUUUCUUGAAGGAAACAUUGGUGAUUGCUAUAACUUGUUUCUGGAGGUUCGCGGGCAUGAAGAUAUUGUCUUGUGGACUGAAAUUAUGGCAACGUUUUCUGAAACAGAACCCGAGCAGGCUCUCUUCCUUUUCAGUCAGUUGCAUACCGAAGGAUUGAUUCCAGAUAGCUAUGCUUUUUCUGUUGCACUGAAAGCUUGCGCUGGAUUUGUGACAGAAAGGCAUGCCUCGGUAGUGCACUGCCAAGUAAUAAAAGCUGGGUUUGUAGAUACUUUAGUGCUUGAAAACUCAUUAAUUCAUACAUAUGGUAGGUGUGGCUCAAUUGCUCAGGCUAGGCAAGUUUUUGGUGAGAUGAGAUUAAAAGAUGUGGUGUCAUGGAACUCCAUGUUAAAAGCUUAUGCAUUCCACGGGGAGCCGGAGGAGGCAUUGAAGUUGUUCGAGAGCAUAGACGUUGAACCUGAUGCAACCACCUUUGUUGCACUGCUCUCGGCUUGCAGCCAUGCCGGGAUGGUUGAAGAAGGGACUAGAAUAUUUAAUAGUAUGUCUGGAAAACACAGAAUUGCUCCUCAACUCGAUCACUAUGCGUGUAUGGUUGAUCUACUAGGGCGAGCUGGACAGAUUUUUCGGGCAGAGGAGAUAAUAAGACAGAUGCCUAUGAAGCCAGAUUGUGUUGUGUGGAGUGCAUUACUUGCUGCCUGCAGGAAACACGGCGAAUACCAACUGGCCACCGUUGCUGCUUCUAAGUUAAACGAGCUAGAUAGCGGGACCUCAUUAGGUUAUGUCGUAAUGUCAAAUGCGUACUUCUCGUUGAAUAAUUUUGGUGAAGCACAACUCACAAGGAAGCAAAUGAAAUGGCUUGGAGUUCGGAAGGAGCCCGGAUUGAGCUGGACUGAAAUUGGCGGUAGGGUGCACGAGUUUGCUUCCGGGGGGCAAAAACACGAGUUUGGAGAAGCUAUUCGGACCAAUCUGCUGGAUCUUGUAAAACAGCUGAAAAAACUAGGCUACACUCCGCUAACUAGUCUGGUCCUACACGACAUAGAAGAAGAGCAUAAGGAGGAGCAACUGUACUUCCACAGUGAGAAGUUGGCUCUCAUGUUCAUACUCAUGAAUGCUAAAGACCCUCACUGCAAAUCAGGUGUGGUUAGGAUAAUGAAGAACAUCCGCAUUUGCUUGGAUUGCCACAACUUUAUGAAAUUGGCGUCACAGCUGGUUCAGAAACAGAUUAUCGUUAGAGAUUCCAACCGUUUCCAUCAUUUUCUGGGUGGGAUAUGUUCUUGCAAUGAUUAUUGGUAGUUGCUUCAAUGCUACUUCCCUAGUACACAGCAUUAUUGGUAGGUUGGGAUGAAAAUGAAUGAAUGAAUGGUCACCCAGUUGAAUGGGCCAGAAGAAUCUGAACACCAAGUUUCUGUCAUUUGGUGACCUCACUGUAUAUCAAAAUUGUCCAUACAUUUGGUGACCUCACUAUUUGGUGAACACCAAGUAACACGAGUCUUAGGUCCAACCUGAAGCACUACCGUGAUGGUCAAAGACUCAAAGCGAUUAAGGCAAUCAACAGUGUGCUGGAAGUAAUCCAAACACUUAGUAGUGGCAGAUUUUGAUGGAGUCUCACUUUGAUACUGGGGGAUCCAUAGAGUCUCGCUCAUAGAGGAAGAGUACGUGCGCUAUUGCGCUACGGUUUACGUAGUUGAUCGGAUCAGAUGGCCCUUCGGGCAAGCAACCAAACCCGGCACAUCCAAUUCCAUUCCGAUCAAAUACUUGGAGGUAUGGCUGAGUGGCUUAAGGCAUUGGUUUGCUAAAUCGACAUACAAGAAGAUUGUAUCAUGGGUUCGAAUCCCAUUUCCUCCAGUACGGAAAUUCAACAGGUGGAUAAAUUUACGUGAGAGUUGUAUUUAAAGAGAUCAUCUCAAAAUUAGAAAAUUAAGAAAUGGAAAUGCAACAAGAUUCUUUAUUGAUUGAUUAUCAAUCA